CCUAGUCCGCUAGAAUUUUCUACACAUACCUUGAAAUUUCUUCGAGUCCACCCCCUUCAUGCCCAACUCCUUCGAGUCGCUGUCCUUGACUCACCCAGUCAACCCAAACACACACUGAGCUUCACCAUACACACACACUGAUACACACACACGGCAGAAAUCUCUCUCCCUCAGCUAUCUUGCAGAACCACCACCACUGCCCCUCCUCUCACUGUUGUCCUCCCAUACACCACCGUCUCGGUCGUCUUCAUCUACCACCACUGUUGACCUUAACCCGUCGCUGCAGUCCCUUCAAUCUGAUCAACGGCUGGACACACACACCCAAUGCAAAUCUCUCUCUCUCUGAUACAGAGGCACAAAUACACAGAAUAUGGCAAGUUCUUGUGUGGGAAUAGCGUGUUUGGUCAUAGUAUUGUGUUCAGCUGUGCCAAGUUUGGCCACAGUUUACACAGUAGGUGACUCGAGUGGAUGGGCUAUUGGUGUUGAUUACAGCACCUGGACUAGCGGCAAGACCUUCACUGUUGGUGACAGCCUCAUGUUCAAUUAUGGAAGUGGGCACACCGUUGAUGAAGUGAGUGGAAGCGACUACAAGUCUUGCACAGUAGGCAAUGCGAUCAACACAGACAGUAGUGGGUCCACCAGCAUUCCUCUCAAGGCCACCAGGACUCGUUACUUCAUAUGUGGUGUCGUUGGUCACUGUGGCAGUGGCAUGAAGCUAUCUGCCACCGCUGUCUUUGAUAAACCUACACGGAUACCAAUCCUCCUUCCUUUUCUUUUUUAAUCACACCGAUCCACCGCCCAACCUUUAUUUUCAUUAUUAUAAACCUUAGUUGGUCUCACUUCCCCCAAUUUCAAUACCCACUUUCUCUCUCCUCCUUUAUUAUGUGAGACUGAUGAUGGGGUAGCCGAGCAGAGAUGCUCCAUUUUUUAUCUAUUUCUUUCCAAACCCAACACCCUCUCUCUCCACUUUAUCACAUGGGCUUGUCCCCUCUCUCUCCUCCGUUUGAUUUCAAAAUCAAUUAUUUUUAUUUAUUUUCUCAAAACCAUUUUUAAUCUCUUUCAAAUAUCCACUCUAUAAUAAUAUAUCUUUUGCAGGGCAUUACCCCCAACUUUCUUUUGAAACAUCCAUGUUCCCUUCGUCAUCCACCUCACACCGAUCUUUUUCAAAUAACCCAUCCAAAAAUAUUUUUUUUCUCUAUUUUUUAUUUUAUUUUAUUUUUAUUAUUAAACAAAACAACACAAUAACACCAAAACCAUUCCACAAACUUGUCAUUUCUUCAUGCCGGGGAUCAACCCCGAUCA